ACUGUAUUAUUUGCUGCCAGAAUUUGAAGCUUGCUACAGCAGUCUUUAGCAAGCUUGGAUUUCAUCAUACUGUUUGAGUGAGACCGGAUCUCUGCUUGUCUAUCUGAAAAGAUAACUAGAAAAAGGCGCCCUUCAAACCAUCUUCAAUGUUAAAUUGACGCAGGUUACAGUUGUCAAAACUUGGUGACGGGGUCCAUGGACACAUGUACUUGUUCUGUUAUUCAUCCUCGAACCGGAUCAAGGUUUACCGUGUGCUUAAUCUUCGCGAUGUGGCGUUUUGUAAAAUACGGCAAAUUCUUAAAACCUCUGCAAAAAAAAGCGCGCCCACUCCAUGGAUUACCUACAAGUAUGCAACCACCACGUUCGAACGUUGACUGGGUUGCAGUGCAAAUUACCAUUGUUGCAUGAACAAAGACGCGUAUAAUACAAGACACGAAACCGGUAAGUGUGGUACACUCUUUGUUUGGGGUUUCUUGCCACCAAAGAGCGUGCAUUGCGCCGCCACGAUUCUGUGAGAACAGGUUUUAAGCCGAAAGUGUGAGGUGCCUGCAACGACGACGACAACGGCCACUCUUCCUACUCUCUUUUAUUGUGCGCACGUGUAUGGGUGUGUGUGUGUGUUUGUGUUUCUGUUUGUGUUUGUGUUUGUGUGUGAGUUAAAGCAAGAGUGUAUUCUGCAUUUUGUUUUUAUCACAUUCGGCGGGAGCGCGCGCACCUUCGUAUUUUUUAUAUGCCAUUACAAAUAUUCGAAAAACUUAUAUGCAUGUAUUGCUCUGUACAUGUGAAUUACCAUUAUAUUUUUAUAUAUUUUCCUCUGUUGCCUUGGCUCGUCUUUUUUACAUUUUCAUUAUAUUUAAGCGUAACGUCGUGUUGUCGUGAGCAGCGUAAGUGUUAAAGCAAAAUAAUAAAAAUUUCAUAUUUUAGUUUUAAAAUUAUUGUCGGUGUGUGCGGUCGGUCCGUUUGUCGAUCGGACGUCGGUUUGAUAGAACAAGUUAUUUGCUUGUAUGUAUGUAUGUAUGUAUGACAAAAGAAAAAAAUAAAGUAAAAAUUAAAUUUAUUUUACUUACAUAUGUAUAAAAAAUUUAUAAUUGAAGGCAAAAAGUAAGAAAUUUAAAAAAUUAAAAAAACGUUUAAGUUGGCUUAAAAUCGAUAUUUGACGUGCAUUUUUUAUGCUUAAAAAAUAUAUAAAAAUUACAAAUACAUAUACAUACAAAUUUAAUUUUUGCGAACAUUGGCAAAUUGUGAAAUCGAAAUCGGAAAAAUUCGGUGUUAAAUGGAUAAUCAUCAUCAAGCUGCGUCAACAAACAACGUAAGCCACAAUAACACCGCUGUGGAUUACGGGAAUUAUGAUUAUCCGCCACCAGCCAAACGUGGUCGUGGCUAUGCACCAAUGGGCGAAUUCGAUUUGAGUCUCAUACGUGAAUUUCGUGCUCGUCCUGGCUUCUACGACCGCAAUUCAGCAAGUUUCAAGGACAAAUUGCAUGUAGCACAUCAAUGGCAGGAGAUUUCAAACAAAUUGGGUUUCGAUGUUUCCUUGCUGAAGGAUCGCAUGCUACAGCUGCGCAAUCGUUAUAAUCUCGAGAAGCGUCGCCUCGAGCAGUUGCGCGAUGAGAAUCCCGGUCAGUCGGUUGACUCACCAUGGCCGCUAUUUCAUCAUUUACAUUUCCUCUCCGAACACAUACGGCCACGUCGCUCUUACAAGAGCAUGCAACCGCGUACAUCGCUCGCUGAUUCGGCUGAUGAUGACGAGGACUACACAGAGCGUCCGCGACCGAAACGGCACCAGCAGCGUCAGCUUAAGCCGCAUUUGGCAACUAGAUCAGCAACUGCUGGUGGUGGCAGGCGUGACUCCUACAGUGAUGGUGGCGGCGACGGCGGCGACGGCGGCGGUGCUGUUGGUGGUGGCGGCGGCGCCCACAAUAGCAGCGCCGAAACUUACGCUAAUGGUAUGCUCACCGUCAAAAUGGAGGAACCAGAUGGAGAAGACCCAGAUGUCGCCGAUGCUGAAUCUGGCAGCCAAAGUGGCACUGAGGACAACAGCAGGGGCCAUCCCUUGAAGCUAAGUGCCGCUUCCACAUUGCUUAGCAUGCAACAACGUCAGCCACAUUCCAUGUCGCCAUAUAACAAGUCCAGCACCUCGUCAUCGAUGGCUUUGAAUAAACGUUCAUCAAAAUAUUCGACUUUGCCAGCUGCUCCACCGGCAUCAAUCAAAAUACGCCGCUUGGAUACGAUGCAAGAGCGUACGCCGGGCGUUGCACACACGCAACAGCGCGCCAGCAACAACGACAUUCCUUCGCAUAGCAAUUUCAACAAUAGUCACACAAACAAUAACAACAAACGUCAGCGGCAACAAGAGUACACAUCAUUGAUGUCGCGUCAAGUGCAAGUGAAUCGUCGUUGUUUGAACAAUUCAGAGCAAAAGUAUGCCGCUUUUGGCGAAUUUGUAUCCGCCUCCUUGUUGGAGUUGCCAGCAACACGUGCCCUGCAGUUGGUCGAAAAGUUCACGUCAGAGGUGGUGCGCGUGCUUUUGGACAGCACAGAGAAAUCGCCGCAAGUAGGCGCUGAACAAAGUAUGGCCCAGCAACAGCAGCAGCAGCAGCAGCCGCCACCACCGCUACAGCUAUUGCAACCAUUGCUGUCACAAGCGCAACCGCAGCAGGUGCCAACACAAUUUCAGCAAAUGAAUGGGAGCAUUAGCGAAGCACUAAAUGGCGUUUAAAUAUUGUAUGCUUGUUUUUUUUUUAUUGAACAAGAACAAAAGAUAACAUUUAAUUUUAAUUAUUUUUUAAUGAAUUGACUGUCAGUGUUUUCCUACUCGUAAUUUUUAGUUAUCUCUUACAAAUAGUAAUUACAUUUAUGUCUAUGUAUUUAAGCGUCUUAUUUGAACUACGCUUGUGUCAUAUGUUGAAUAAAGUUUUCCGCAUGUGCUUUUAA